AUGGGAUCUUCAAGCCAAAACUCUAUGUCUUUGUUAAGCAAGAAAUGGUACCAGAUCUCAUGCAAACUAAGCCCCCAAACUGUGGCUCAUGCUCUACAAUCACCUCACUGGAAGGCUGCCAUGGAUGAAGAGUUAGAUGCGUUGAUGAGACACAAGACUUGGACUCUGGUUCCCUUCUCAACCAAUACAGCACCUAUUAGUUGUCCCUGUGUAUUCCGAAUUAAGAGACAAACCGAUGGAAUGGUGCAGAAGUACAAGGCACACUUGGUUGCGAAAGGGUUCCACCAAUGUGAAGGUCUGGACUAUGACCAGGUCUUCAGUCCAGUGGGAAAGCCUGCGACAGUUCGCGUAGCGCUCACAAUUGCAGUAGCUCAUGGGUAG